AUGAAACGCGCAAGACGGUCAGAAAAGAAGAGAGAGGACAAGGUAUUGCAUGACGCUGCAAACGAGAGCAGAAAGUCAGUGGGCGUUGGCAAGGGGCUAGAGAAGAGGAAUGCAACCAAAUGGGCAGUAGUGAUAUGUCUCAUACUGUUGACUGCAUAUUUACUAUACUACAGCGUCACUUCUAUUGGAAAAAGCCCAAAGAAGCCGCCACAGCGUGUUAGCGACGAAUUAGAGACAAAAAGUAAUGUGAAUGGUAAAGAGAAGAAACAUAUGACGUCAUCAAGAGAUGAGGAAACGAGAGAUGAUUGUGAUAAGUUGAUUGCACGUGCAGGAGAGCUGAUGCAGCACGGUGUGGCUGGUUAUGAUGCUGCUCUUGACAUGCUGGCUCGGUGUGCACUACAGAACGAGUCGCAUGCGGCUGCAAGAUGGAACAUGGCUGUUAUUCUUAUAAAAGCAGGAAGGAACGAUGAAGCGAUUUAUCACAUGCAAGCAGCCGUGGAGAUCGAGCCUCACAACGUGGAGUAUCUCCAAGGCACCGGAUUAAUGACGAUCAAUAGUGAGAUGGAUGAUGUGGGCGUGGUCAUGUUGGAAAGAUACUGCGAACUAACACUCGGUGUCGACAGUUUUUACGACUUUUUGCAACAAAUUGCAGGAUCUGCGAGUGAAGACUUGCAGUUUCUAGUUGCGGAAGGCAAACAGCUUCUCAACGUUCUCGAUAAACUUUUGAUGUCGUAUUUGAAGCAAAGAAUGUUGAGGAAAUCUGAUUAUUUAUAUCAAGUUCUAGUUAAUAUCUACUCAGAGGACAGCAGUUUGCAUGCUUCGUAUGCAUUGUUUGCUUUUGGCAUUGGGAAGAUUGCAACCGGUAUUCACCACUUACGACGUGAAAUAGAACUCAAGUUUGUGGAGCAAAAGAUGGGAAACGAAGAUGAUGCGUUUGCAGUCAUUGAAGCACAUGCAUUGCGGUUGCUAACGACAGGCUUUGAUGCUCACAUCGUGAAUAUCGGUCGUAACAUUCUCAUUUCAACACACACAGAAAUGGUCGAUUUGCUGGCAGAAAACUGUGGCAACGACGUCGUGGAGAUGAUUGGAAAUUCGACAUUGAACGUUUCUUUGUCUCAAUUGAGAGACGUCUUUGUGACGUGUUUAUUGACACAAAGCGUGUUGGAUGCAUUGCUGAGUGUGAAUGGUGCUCUUUUCUCUGAAAAUGUGUUUGGUUGGAAAGGCCUCCUUCAUGCUGCUCUACUAGGUGACACUCGUGUGUUUGACCUUUUCCUUGGUGCUAGAGCUGACGUGCAAGGUCGCACGUUUCUUGGUCUCACCGUAAUGCACGUUGCUGCAAUGAGAGCACAUCACCAGCUUGUGCAGCACAUUAUAUCGGCCGGUUUGAAUGCCGAUACACUCGACUACUACAACCGAUCGGCUCUCGACGUGGCAUGCAUGCAUCGCUGGUCGAUACUCGAGUUUUCAAAAGCAACAGGAAAGGAACCAAACUGCUCAUUGACACCAGCAUAUGAUUCUAAACCCGGUCGAUAUCCUGAUGGUUCAUAUUUGGCUGCCGGUUUUGAAUUACCAACGUCUCUGACGUCUGAAAGGUGCGAUUUUGAUGUACGAGCGAGCAUGACACCUGAAGAGUUUUUGCGUGAUUAUCUAACGAUUCAGCGACCCGUUUUGAUCCGCAAUGCAACCGGCAACUGGACUGGAUUGAGACACAAGUGGCAACGUCACAAUUUGGAUGCCAAAUAUGGAAAGCUGACCUUCAAGCGCGUCAUCGUACCUUAUGCUCAAGCAUUUUCUCUCACUGCAAACAUCACAACUUUACAUGAUUUUUUAUCUGAAAUUUCGUCACUUUAUUUGUCUCAUCGGCAGCUUCCGGAUGUCGGCGUGUCAUCAUUGCCUCCUUAUAUUUUUGAUUCGUUGAGCAGCGAGUCUCCUCUGAUGUCCGACUUUUCUAUUCCUUCGUUUCUCGAUCGUGACAUUACACACAUAACAACACAGACGGUGCAAUUCUACAUCGGCCCUCCUCUAUCUGGUGCUCCCGUUCACUUCCAUCGUUCGGCAUGGAAUGCAUUGGUGUAUGGCAAGAAGCGAUGGUUCGUGUAUCCUCCAACGAAAUCGUUCUAUUCGAAGCAGCACAUCUGGUCGUGGUAUAACGAGGUGUAUAUGGGUAGACGAGAUGCUCUGGAGUGUGUACAGAGUGGUGGGGAUGUCGUGUUUAUACCCGACUUGUGGGCACACGGGGUAGUGAAUUUGAUGGAGAGUGUGGGGUUUGCGUCAGAGUUUAUAUUCGGAUCGUCGGAGUUUUCACUGUAAAUGAGAAUGAAUGGUCAAUAGAGCAGCUGGUCUGCACGUGAUGAGAAGACGAAUGUGUGAUAGAGUUUUAUGUCAAGACAAACUGCAUGCGCAUAAUAAGAUUUCCACAUGCUAGACAUGUUGCAU